UCGGGGCGGGCGCGUAGAGCUGGCGAAGUGCUUUGGCGGAGGCAACGCGGAGGAAGGAGGUCGGUUCGGCGGCACCGGCGGAAACCUGAGUCCGGGCGGGACGACCGACGGAGGGAGGCGGCAUGUCGGUGGCGGGGCUAAAGAAACAGUUCUACAAGGCGAGCCAGUGUCCUGCGGAUGGUCGCAGUAUCCUGUGAAUGCCGUGCCUGCCGUGAUGCUGCCACUGCUAAACUGAAGCGGCUGGUCAGCGAGAAGGUUGGCGGGGCUGAGGGCACCAAGCUGGACGAUGACUUCAAAGAGAUGGAAAAGAAGGUGGAUGUUACCAGCAAGGCCGUGGCAGAGGUGCUGGUCAGAACCAUCGAGUACCUGCAGCCCAACCCAGCCUCACGGGCUAAGCUGACGAUGCUGAACACUGUAUCGAAGAUCCGGGGUCAAGUGAAGAACCCUGGCUACCCACAGUCAGAGGGGCUGCUGGGUGAAUGCAUGGUCCGCCACGGCAAGGAGCUGGGUGGAGAGUCCAAUUUUGGUGAUGCCCUGCUGGAUGCAGGCGAGUCCAUGAAGCGCCUGGCUGAGGUGAAGGACUCACUGGACAUCGAAGUCAAACAGAAUUUCAUCGACCCGCUACAGAAUCUGUGUGACAAGGACCUGAAGGAGAUCCAGCACCACCUGAAGAAACUGGAGGGCCGCCGCCUGGACUUUGACUACAAGAAGAAACGACAGGGCAAGAUCCCUGAUGAGGAGCUGCGGCAGGCCCUGGAGAAGUUUGAGGAGUCCAAGGAGGUGGCAGAGACCAGCAUGCACAACCUCCUGGAGACUGAUAUUGAGCAAGUGAGUCAGCUCUCAGCCCUGGUGGAUGCCCAGCUGGACUACCAUCGGCAGGCAGUGCAGAUCCUGGAGGAGCUGGCAGACAAGCUGAAGCGUCGGGUGCAGGAAGCCUCCUCACGCCCCAGGCGGGAGUUCAAGCCCCGGCUGCGGGAGCCCUUCGACCUUGGAGAGCCAGAGCAGCCCAAUGGGGGAUUCCCCUCCGCCCCAGCACCCAAGAUCACAGCUUCCUCGUCAUUCAGAUCAGCAGACAAGCCCGCCAGGACCCCCAGCAGGAGUAUGCCACCCCUGGAUCAGCCAAGCUGCAAGGCACUAUAUGACUUUGAACCUGAGAAUGACGGUGAGCUGGGCUUCCGCGAGGGCGACCUCAUCACACUCACCAACCAGAUCGAUGAGAACUGGUACGAGGGAAUGCUGCAUGGCCAAUCGGGCUUCUUCCCGCUCAGCUAUGUGCAGGUGCUGGUGCCCCUGCCUCAGUGACCAUGCCUGCACCGACUCCUUGCACAUUGUGGCAGCAGUCUAACGCCAAGGUGCUCUAGAAACACUAACGUUCCUCCAGGGGACCCUCCUCACUCUCCCAGCCCUGGGCCCCCCAUCCUAAGACUUGGGAAGGCCCACCCUGAGGUCCUAUUGCCUUCCUGAUGGUGGCAGCUCCCACCUGUUUCAAACCCUCCCAGCCCGUUGCUGGCGAUGGGCCCUGGCCCCUUCUCCAGGCUUCCCAGAAGCAGGCGGGCCCUUGGAGUCCCCAUCCUGUAAGCUGAGGCUGGCCAGUACCCCAACUUGACACACAGAAAUGCUUAGCACCAGCUAUACAUGCAGAAGUACACACAGCACACAUGUGCACACCUCCCACGGGACCACAGAACCAGCCUCAGCCCUGCCAAAGGCCAAGCACAAAGGCCCCGAAGAGAGGACAUUCCCAGGUCCCUGGCACUUUCCUUGGAGACAGCUCCAUUGGUACCUGUCCAUGUGACCCUGCACCUGUAGACUACCACAGGCAGCUGGCAGGUCCCUUCUCCGACCAGCAGACCUGCUGCAGCCCCAGCUCUGCAUCAUACCCUGCCAGGUGCCAGCAAGUGAGGCCUCCAGCCUGGGCUCAGUCACAUUCCUCUCUACAGUGUUCCCACAACCUAUGGCUCAACCCUGGCAUGUGGGGCCACACUCCACAUCUCCAGUGGGCAACAAUGUCCCGCUCCAGCCCGGGCUGAAGUGAACUCUACUCCUGAUUUUUUAAAAAGUAUUAAAUGUCUCUUUCUACA